GAGGGGCCGGAGGAUCUAGGCGCGUCGCGGCGCGGCAGCACUAUCGUGCGACGCUUGAUUCUUCGAGAGCGAGGAUUCAGUAUGCCGGAGUCUGCGCUACGUGCCACACGCGCCGUAUGUCAAUUUCGGGUUGUUCGCCUACCGCGUGUCACGGAAUUCCCUUUAAAUUAAUCCUCGUAUCCGUCUGUGUUUGGAGAGUAUCGGACGAUAAUCGGCCCACCGAGUAGUUCCCUGGAAUAGCGAAUAUUCGUCAACGUGUCCGUUCCCUGAGGUAGGAGAAAAAAAUUGCAUCCACAAGCGAUAUAAUAAUAUUUCGCGGUCAUUCAGGUGAAUCAUGUGAUGAUGCGAGGAUCCGAGCGAGGUUUACGAAACAAGGUGUUUUUCCUCACGUCACUCCAACGUGUCGGUCGUGCCGUAUGAGUCGCAAGACAAAUGUGGUGGUGAUUAGUAAUCAGAGGAAUGAUAAUAAGUAUGUCAUUUGCUACCGUGCUUUGGAAAAUUUAAUUAACAACCAGAGAAACCUUGUACAGGUGUUCCGAGUUUAACAAAGAAAUAUUAAACAAGACGCCAAGUGUUGUUUCUAUGUUAUAUCAUAGACAAACAGGUGCAGGGAAUUUAAAUGACGAAGAUAAACCUGUUGUGGAUGAUGAUAAUAAUUGAUACGGUAAAAUAAAAUCAGAGUAAUUGGGUUUUUUUUCGUUUUCUUUCUUUUCAUUUUUCGUUCGUUCGUGCACCAGUUUUGUGAUUUGGUUUUUUCUCUUUAUCAAUAUUUAUCGUCAUCGUUGUCGUUAUUAUUUGAACCGAUGUGAUCGAAGAGUCGAAACAAUGCGACUUCGUGAAACUGUGUUCAAAUUUUGUUCGUUGUGGUUUAAUUGUAAUUGAAGAGAAAAAAAAAUAAAUAAAUAAAAAUAUACUAAAAGUUUGCGCUACGAUUGUGUUUAUUAAAUGUGACAGAGGUUAUUACAGAUAGCCGAACAUCGAGUUUGCCGAUAAUAUUUCACUCGGUUUGUCGAGCUUUUCAAAAAAAAAAAAAAUUCAAAGAAGAUCGAACGCAUCGAAUGUGACAGCGAUAAUCGACGAAAAGGGGCGAGCCGAGCGAGCGCUGGAACAGCGGUCACCUUAUAUGGAAGUGAUACACCACUGUCUGGCUCUGCACGCAGCAGAGGAAAAGCAAACCGCCGUUGGAGUCGCUCGUACGCAGAAGCUAGCGUCGUCAGGCAUUAUUAAUCCAAUCUGCAACGAGGCCGGAGCUGUAGCAACCGCAGGAGCUGGAGGCCUGAGUUAGCAAGCUCGAGCUGUGUCAGGAAAAGCAGCUGCAGCACUGCAGCGAUAGAAGGGCGAUGGAUUUCACGGUUCUGAGGAUAAUCUGCCUCCUGCUCGCCGCCUCGAUAUGCGGAGGUCAGCAAGACUGGGAGUGCACGGCUCCCUGCAAGUGCAAGUGGGUGUCGGGAAAGAAAACUGCUGAAUGUGUUAAACAGAAUUUAACGCAAAUACCGAACUUUUUAUCGCGAGAGAUACAGAACCUCGAUUUAACCGGUAACAAACUUUGGGAAAUACCUUUCGAGGCCUUCCACGGUGUGAAACUCGAUAAUCUGCAUAAGCUAGUGCUCAGAGAGUGCGGUAUAGUGUCGGUUCACACGGGCGCGUUUAACGGACUCCGCAUAGUGAUAGAAAUCGACCUGUCCUCUAACAAAAUUAAGACCCUGUAUCCCGGAACGUUUCAAGAGACCCUCAGACUGAGGGUGCUGCUUCUCAACGACAAUCGCAUCGAACAACUCGAGGACGGUCUCUUCCAUAAUCUGACCUUCCUCCAGAAGGUUGAAAUAUCGGACAACAGACUGGAGCGCAUAGGGCCGAGAACCUUCUACAACCUGUCGGGUCUUCAGUCUCUCAUAUUGUCCGGUAACAGAUUGAGCAACCUGAAACCAGAGAUAUUCAAGGAACUGCCGAAGCUCGGCAGUCUCGAACUCCACAACAACCACUGGCGAUGCAACUGUCACCUGAAGGAUUUCCGCGACUGGACAAUGGCCCGGAAGUUGUACACCAAACCCACAACAUGCGCGGAACCCGAGCAUCUCGCCAGGAAAAUGUGGGACGAUAUCGCAACUGACGAAUUCGCCUGUCGGCCAAAAAUAUUGUACACGGGACCCGCUCCCCGGGUGGAGGUGGGACCGGGGGACGUGACCCUGUCCUGCAACGUAUCCGGCACUCCUCUUCCCCAGGUCACCUGGCGCCACAGAUCCAGGGCUCUCAACAACUUGACCAGGAGAUACAACGGGGAAUCGAAAGGUUACAUUCUGGUGCACGGCGAUCACUGGGUGAAUUUGACGAUUCCGAACGCAACGCCCGCCGACAAAGGGGAUUACGUAUGCGAGGCAAAAAGCCCCGGCGGAUUGGAGGAAAGGAACGUGACCUUGAACGUUCUGGGGGACGUGGUUGGAAGCAACGACUCCGGGAUCAGCCUCCCCCUGGUUCUCGGUCUCGGACUGACCGUUCUUCUUCUCCUGAUUUUCCUGACCCUCGUCUUCUGCGCGUGCUACUGUCGUCGCCGGCGAUCUCGUCGCGCCGAGAAGAUAUCCGAAGUGAACGCUAUGGAACACCACGGUCUAGGGGAACAGGAAAAGUCGCUGAUCACCGCUAUUAACCCGGUGGUAAAACCGCCGCGACGUUACGAGGCCGCGCCCUCGGUGACUUCGCACGGAACCGAGACAACAGAACUAAAUCGAACACUCCUAGACAACGACUCAGUAUUCGCUGGUGGCGUCGGUGACGACGACCGUGAGAGAUCUACCCCCGAACUCGAAGGCGGGACUCUUCCUCGCGGCGGUACAAGCUACAGACAGUACCCUCCGGAUCUUUUAGCAUUCUCCGGCGGUCGGGGAGCCUCGCCGACGAGUCAGGCGUCCACUGCCCCCGACAGUUCCAGGCUUCCGUCGCAGCCAAAUACCGCGAAUUUCAGCCCUACCGGCACAACGUCAGCGAAUCCUUCUUACCCGGCUUCGAACUUCAAGACUUUACCUCACAAUCGAAGCGCGGCACCGUACAGUUCGGGUCCUCCGGUUAUGCCCAGACACGGUUACGUCACCAUCCCGAGGAGACCUCGUGCACCGAGCUGGAGUAGCGCUCCACCGACAUCCCCCGACGGCGUCGAACCCGUCUACGACAAUUUAGGGCUAAGGACAACCGCGGACGGCAGUUCGGUCCUCUCGUUGAACAAAAGUCCCGAACCUUCGGGAAUGCGAGGUCGUCCUCUCCCCGGAACACCGACUUCCCAUUACCACCCCUCGAUACAACGCAGCACGCCAAAUAUUCUCGCAACCAGCCCAACGGACAGAGCUGCUCCUGAGGGAGCGCCGGAGUGGCCGUCCAAGUUGUCGGACGAGAUGGACGUCCCCUUUCUCGGGGGUACGCUGGGUCGCAAAGUGCCGCCGAGACCGCCGCCGAAACCAAAAAAGAAAUCGACGAACGGACCGCUCUACGAAGACGAGGGAGAGGACGGAACGGAAGUCUGAUACGGGUCGUAACAAAAAAAAAAACAAAAAGAAAAGAAACGUAAAUACUAAACGAAUCGACGAUUAGUUCGGACGUAAUAACCGGUAGUGCCUUCAAAACUUUCAACUGCAUAACGAUGUCAUUGCGACGAGCUGCCGAUGAUCGUUAACUAAAGGAAAAUCUAUGAAACUAUAAUGAAGUUACAUGAUAAAAAUUAUUAAUGAAUAUUUAAAAUGAAAAUGAAAAAAUGAAAAAAACAGGGCUUCCGAGAACCCUGACGAUCGAAAGGGGCAUGAUUUACCUGUACAUGCUUCACGGAGCGAACAAAGACUUCUGGAAUUCUGUCGAGUUGCGACAGAAGCUACCGCAUACGAUAUAGUAUAUGUCUUUUAAUGUAUAGUCGAACGAGUCGAUCGAACGGUGUUUCUUUUAAUUAUUCUUAUUAUCGCCAUCCCGAUCAUGACCAUCGUUAUCAUUGUCGUUAUCGUUAUUAUUGCUAUCUUAUUCAUUAAUUUUUUAAACAAACCCUCAGAAAAAGUACUAAUUUUUAUCACCGUCAUUUCAACUCCUAUUGUUCAGGAAUCGUAGAAGUUAAGUCGCCACUCAAGAGUGCAGUUAAUGGUGCUGCAGGUUCAAAGGUAUAUAUAUGUAUAGGUGUAAUAUAACAUAUUGAACAAUGGACCCGCGAGAAGUCUCUCUUCCCACCGCACUAGAGCAUAACUAUACGUAUUGAGAUACAUCUGCCGCUUUCGUGGCAUUGUACGUCGCGUGCGCCGACUAAAGCAGUAGCGGCAGCGUCACGGAAUUCUCUCUUUUACCACCCCUCUUUCAUCCCCCUUACCUUCCCAUGCUAUAUGCAUGCCGCGUAACUUUGAGAUUUCUCUAGUUAACGAGAUUUACCCGAGUUUGCGAGGGUCAGAUACGCGCGUUCGUUCGUUCGCCGGAUUCUCUACGCCGUUUCCCCGUAGCUCCGAGGGAGAAACAGGGCUUGCUUAUUAAUCGAAGGUCAGGUAUCCCAAUUCCUAUGUACGAACAGGGAGAACUCGGGUCGUCCGAAAAAAAACUUUUAUAUUUCACGAGGGGUAUAAAUCUCGCGAAAUAAAAAUAAGACAAAUAAACAGAUUUGUUUUUAUCCCUUCCUUCCUUCCUUCCUUCCUUCCUUCCACUGCUGCAGAUCACUUGACUCCGCUCUAUACAUAUGUAUUACUUCCUCUAUACGGAAAUCGGUAUAAAUAACCCCCUCCGUACCAAAGUUGGGUAAAAAAAAACUCGAAUCGUCGAGGUUUCCGUCUGUAUCGUGCACGCGAUCCCCUCGCUCUGCUGCUUCCUCUUCGUUAUACACAUACAACUCUCUUAUGGUAUACGUAUAACACUUUGGCAGAAACAUUUCUUUUUUCUUCUUCCAUUUCUUCUUCCCUUUCCCCUCUUUUGUACCUCGGACUCUCGGUCCCUUGACCGAAUAGUCCGGAAUCGCGUGGUCCAGACAAGGGGGGAGAACAAACUGUCACCCUUCAAUUGGUGGGAGAUACGCGGAAGAACGCCAAAAAAGGGGAAAAAAAAAAAGAGAAAAAAAAUAAUACUUUUUCUCCCUUCAUUUCUCUCUUCUUCCUGCACACGUAACGUUCGUGCGCCGAUCGUCUACCUCUUUUACUUUUUUCGACACAAAAGCUCGCCUGUCGCGCGGAUAUCUUGGCUAAGGGUGGUUUUCGUGUACAGUGACGUCACCCCCAUAUAUCUCCGGUAUAUGUUUCUUCUUUUGUGUUUCGUACUACGGAAUUUUUUGGACCUCGAUACUUUCGCUAUUAUACAACAUUACCCAUACAACCGAGGAUCAUCGGUGUACCUAAAUUACGACGGCACAACGUACGUACGCGCAUCGAAAGAAUAAAUAAAUUCGUGGAGCGGAUGUACGCUUCGGAGUAGUCGAACGGUGUAGAUCACUCGACUUAAUCACUUCACUUUGGUUCGCUUUACUUCUUCGGGUUCAUUGUCCAAUGAUGUCCAAUCUCUGAACGCGAUUGUCAAUGUCGUACGGUAAUCUUGCGCAACCCCGACGACGACGCGUUAUUUCAGUACAAGUGAAACGUCGUGCGUUUUGUAGGUACGUACGUACGUACGCAACGCAGACGGUCGACAACCGGCUCAAUAGUGCGAGGAGCUGGCGAUAAUUGCGACGAUGUGAAAAUAAACUGCAAUUUCCAUUUGACGAUUGACAAUUGACAAUUGACGAAUUAGAAUUGAUUGAACCAUACCAUUUAACGGAACCCCUCUUCAACGGACUCUUAGCUGUUCGUAAUCGCGCUAUUUAUACUAUACAUGUUUUUAAGUUACGUUCACGGGUCUCGUUUCGAUGCCGAAUAUAUACAUUUGUCACUGAUGUUUUUAAUGUUGAUGUAACUGUAAUAGGAAUUAUCAAUUAUAAUUGUGGAUACGAAUGAAGAAGAAGAAAAAACAAAAUAACAAAUAAUAAAACAACUAAACAUAAUUAUUUAUAUCUAUAAGAGUAGAAUUAUUUAAUUGAGGGUAACUAUCGAUAAAUCGACUACAUUGUUUAGUUAAUGAAUGAAGAAUAUGAACAUUGUAUCAUACAUUGAAAUAUGAUGAAUUAGAAUUAAGGUAAUCUAUAAGAUAAAUUAAUUAUGCGUAAUAGAUACAACGGAUUAUUAUCAUCUUCCUAAAUAUGUGUACGCCUUUUAUUUUGCAUUUAAAUAAAAAUCGACAGUUUUGGAACCCCUUUCGAUAAUCACAAGUAUUUCCGGUCGAUGAUAUACGUAUAAGUAAUCAAUUAUCCAUGUUAAUUAUUAUUUACAUAACUUAAUGAUAUAACACAUACAUACAGUAGAUAUGUACAAUGUAUCCUAACUUGCCAGAUUUUCUGAUCUUUGGGGUUUCACUGUACGGUACGCACUCGAAAUUGAAGAACGAUAUUCUCUCGAUGACGAUCGGACGGUUUCCAAAUACUCGAGUAAAAAGCAAACGAAUAUAUACCAGGCUGUUUGCGCUGUAACGUCGCUCAUAUAUAAAUUCACUCGCGCUACAUCAACAACUCAUCAUUUUUCAUUUGCAAAACGAUAUCAUCAAGGUAUAGCGGCAGCAUCAGCGGCGGCAGCACCUCGUCGAGAAAAUAGAAUUUUUUAACAGCGAGAGAGAAAAAGAGGCAGAAUAAAAGGGGAGUGGAGUGCUGCGGAAAGGGCAGGGGGCGGUAGAUUUUCCUUGAAUUACAAAUAUUGAUGGAUAGGUUAUUAUUAAUAUUCUGACGUGUGACAGGUAAAAAACCAACUACCGCUAAUCAUUUUUUAUUCACCAGUCUUACGUGUCUCUCACGAUGUACGAUAAUUUCGUAAUGUAUAGUUACUGGGUUCUUCGCACCCCUAUUUUUCACCUCGGAGCAACGAUCGCUUUGUCGUUGUUUUUCCGUUUUUAUCCGCAGACGGAUAUAAUUAGCAGCGAACUAGCUAUCGGAUGAUGAUUAAUAUUCCGCGAAUGAAAUUAAAUUCCAUUCCACCUGUAUGCGUUCGUCCAUCGCUUGUAAUUAAACGAGAAACUUGGCCAUGCGUCGGAGUGAAGUGUGAACGUAGAAAAAAAUGUGUGUAAAAAAAAAAAAAAGAAAAAAAAACUAUACAACUCCCCAAAAUCAGAAUGUCACUACCGAGUUAUGUAAUAUUAACUGUUCAGUAUUACGCGUAUAGGAUGUAUGACGGAAGGUCGUGGGGUGGAUGGCGAGGUAACGACAACGUCGUAUGUGUCGGUAGAUGAGGGUAGGUCGUAGGGCCCGUACGAUGUCUAGAGUACAUCGUAUAUCUUAUAUAUACCCCGCAAUUUGUGGCACACGCGGUGAUGGCCCUCCUACAUAUUGCCUCGAGGAUGUUUUUUCCUUAGUAAAAGAGGAGGCAACAAUGCGAAAGAAGAAACCAACCGACGAACGAACGAA